CCCUUCCUCCACUCCUCGCCACCCCUACCUCACCUCCCCUCCCCUCCUUUGGGCCCCGGAGCAGAGACACGGAGACACCGAGAUGUCGGUCCAGAGCGAUGUGAUGGGGACCGCCGAGGACUUCGCCGACCAGUUUUUACGUGUGACCAAGCGUUUCCUGCCUCAUGUUGCACAUUUGUGUCUGAUCAGCACAUUCCUGGAAGAUGGGAUUCGCAUGUGGUUCCAAUGGAAUGAACAGUGUGACUAUAUCAACAUGACCUGGCAUUGUGGGAACUUCUUUGCCACCAUAUUUGUCUUGCUUAAUAUGGUUGGGCAGCUAGGUGGUUGUAUUAUGGUGCUGAGUCGGAAGUUUGUGCCUUAUGCUUGCUGUGGUUUAUUUGUACUUAUUGCUAUGCAGACUGUUGCUUAUAGUAUUCUCUGGGACCUUAAAUUUCUUAUGAGGAAUCUUGCACUUGGAGGUGGCUUACUGCUGCUGCUGGCUGAGUCUCGAUCCGAAGGGAAAACUAUGUUUGCAGGUGUCCCUACCAUGGGUACUAAUUCCCCACGUCAAUACAUGCAGUUGGGAGGCCGUGUCCUGCUUGUCCUUAUGUUUAUGACUUUGUUGCACUUCUCCUUGGAUGCGCUUAUGAUUCUUCAAGAUAUUGUUGGCACUACUUUGAUAAUCCUUGUGGCGGUUGGCUUCAAGACAAAGUUAGCUGCUCUCACACUGGUCAUUUGGCUCUUUGCGUUGAAUCUGAUUCAGAAUCCAUUCUGGAGUAUCCCGGUUUACAAGCCCAUGCAUGACUUCUUAAAGUAUGACUUUUUCCAAACCAUGUCUGUGAUUGGCGGCCUUCUCUUAGUAGUAGCGCUGGGGCCUGGUGGAGUCUCGAUGGAUGAACAUAAGAAGAAGUGGUGAAGAUGUUCUUCAGAAGAGAAAUAUAUAUAUAUUUGUGUAAUUUUUUAAUUAUUUUUACUACCGUCUCAGUUCUCUCAAUCUGAAUUUUUUCUCCUAUCAGAUUUCCUUCAUGUGAAGCAUAAAUUAAAAAUCACAGAUGGGGUUUACCGUUUUGCUUUUCCUCCCAGUAUUUAAGUAUUAAGUGAUAUAAUUGGUGCCAAAAUUUACCAGGCAGUCAGUUCUGGUAUAUUUCUUUACACCACCUUUUGGUACUGCUUCAGCGCUGGGGAAUAUGUCUUCUUUUCUGGGCUUUGAUGUUUCAGACAAUCUAUUUAAUGAAUUUCUGUGUGCAGGCUGACUUAACAGGAAGUUAGAAUAUUCUAAGGUCCGAUGGUAAAAUGAAUGUUGAACGUUGCCAUAUCUCAAUUCAGGUGUAUCGUAUGUGGCUAUUUAAACAUUCCUUAACCUUGGACCAUUCCAACUUGUAUUAUGAAUAAAACAAACAUACCUUUGACAAAUUGGACAAACUCAUCUUGAUAUCCUGAUUGAUGGUGGAAUGAGUGGAAUAUUCAGAUUCUGUAAACCUGAAGAUGUCAUACAACUGCCUUUCUACAACCUGAAGUGCCUUGCACAGCAAUGUUUAGUGUGUUGCCUUUCAAGCUUCAUUGUUCUUGUAUAGACAGCAACUUUGAGAUGAUACCGGUGUCCCAUUCCCCACCUAAAGUAAAGCACAACAGUUUGGUAAACUGUUUUUGUUUUUACUUAUUUUAACAUCACCUCUCUGGCAAAACAGCGCCUACAUAACUGAACCAAAGGUGAGCCCAAUACUUAUACACUGUCUGGCUCAACAAGCAGUCAAGAAAUCAGUUGGAAAAAAACUUAGUACAAUUCUUAAUAUAGAAUCUUUUGACAGGUCUUGAACCUAAAAUGCUUGAUUUGUUGACAAUGUUUUGCUUGCCAUUAUUAGUUCCUUAACUAUUACAGAGCUUGAUUUUCCAUGUGUUUGGUGUCAUUGUUUUUUAUUAGUCAAAUUUUAGAAGGCAAAAAUCAUGAUUUUUUUUUGCCAAGUACCCCCCUGGAUUGGUGCACAGUAGUUACCCCUGUUAGCUAAGUUAUAAUUUUAAGGCUAUUCCCCCUUGUUUGGACCCCUUCAUCAGAGGAAAUGGGGUAAAUAGUUUCCUCCUUCCUCAUGUUGGUGUUGAAGUGUCCAUGUUCUGUGAUGGCACAGGUAAUGUUAAGCAGUUUAUGGAAAACUUCACCUGUGGCCCUUGUGUUUUUGUAAGGCUGUGUACCACGUUUGCCAGUCACAUGAUUUUUUAAAAAUUUGAGGUGUGAGGAUGGUUUUAAAAAAAUGUUUUGACAGCCAGAUCUUCUCUGGUGACCAGUGGGCUUGUCACUAUUGGCUUUCUCAUUCGAGUUAAAGUAAUGCAAGAUCCUGGAGGGAGUGAGAGUAACCACAGAUUACAUGUGUAAAAUCAAAAUUGCAACCUUUCCAAAAACUCAAGUUUACUUUUUAAAGCCUCUUUCAAUCCUACGGUAACUUUUCCACCGAUACCUCGGAUACACAAAUUGCCAAAACAAUCUGUUACAAAUGCAUAACAAUUUUAUAAAUUUUGUGUUUAGUACAGAAGUGUCUUUCAUCUGCAGGCAAUGGUGACUUUUGAAAGUCUUGGCAUUGUGGUUGUAUUUGCAGUUCUACUGGAAGACUCAUUAAAUGCAUUGAAAAAC